AAAAAAAAAAAAAAAAUCAUUUUUUUUCUGUGUUUCUCUAUUGAUUUGAUUGAUUCGUGUGUUUAUUCGUCAUUCGUGAGAUUAUUUAUUUUUAUGCUGCAUCUAAUGAUAAAAUCAUCCAUCAGGCAUUUUAGUUGUGCAUUUCUUUCACUAAACCAAUAACACAGUAAGAGUAAGAAUCAAGUUUGCAUAAGUACCUGUAGCUUAUAGUCUAUCAUUUCAGUCCGUGCAGUUGUGUUCACAUUAAUAUUAAAAUGAAUUAUGAGACAAAUAGACUUAAUACAUUUACCGACUGGCCUUCAUCAGCACCCGUAGAUCCUAUAAGGAUCGCUAAAGCAGGGUUUUUCUAUACGGGCGAAGGUACAGAAGUGAAGUGCUUUUGUUGUGGUAGUAAGAUAUCGCAGUGGAAUUAUGGAGACCAGGUGAUGUGGAGGCAUCGGCAAUUGCAGCCAAACUGCCCGUUCGUUGUGCAUCCUGAAUUCUCGGGCAAUGUGCCUUUAGUCCUGGGGCCAGACUGCCCACCAUCCAUAUACACUCGUAGACCGUCCGUGCCUCCUGACGAUGUGCAGAAUGACCACACAUACACUGCACCUGAUUACGGUCUCACAGAAGAAGAUGAAACAUAUAAGAAUGAUGCUUUGAGACUUCUGUCUUUUAUUAAUUGGGAUGAUACAUCGGUAUCCCGCCAAGCACUGGUUAAUGCUGGGUUCUACCACGCUGGGGAAGGUAGAUUGCGGUGCGCCUGGUGCGGUGGAGAAUUGGCCCCAUACAAUCACUUUAGCUCUGUUUCACCACUUGAAGUACACCGAAUGUAUUUCUCUCGGUGCCAGCACGCGGCAGGUCUGGAGGCAGCUCAGCAGGCUCAGGCCGGGAACAUCUCCACGUCUUCGUCACCGUCCCUCUCGCCAUCACCGCCCAACGAUACCCCACGUGCGCAGUCGCCGCCUACCAAUCCCAACAACUUACCGCAGUCGUCGGGUGCAGCUCACAACGAGCGCGUGCUAAGCCAAGGCGGUACUUGGCGCACUCUAGGCGUUGUUGGCGGCGGUGCCAGGCAUCCUCAAUACGCAUCGUUAGCUGCUCGUCUAGCCAGCUUCGACCGCUGGCCAGCGGACCGACAUCAAGCACCGAGAGCGCUCGCUGAAGCUGGAUUUUUCCAUACCGGGACAGAUGAUCAGGUCCGUUGUUUCUACUGCGACGGCGGUUUAGGCAAAUGGGAGGCGGGCGACACUCCGUGGUCGGAGCACGCGCACUGGUUCCCUCACUGCGGUUACGUGUUGCUUGUAAAAGGACAAGAAUAUGUGGACAACUGCAAGAAUCGGACUUCUGUCCAACGGACUGUUAGCUUUUCUGAAGGAGGCCGCAAUGCUAGAAGAAGAAACGGUGAUAACUUUCCUAUCACAGAAAGUCAGGUAGAAGAAUGUAUGGAGAGUACAAUGGCAGCCGCGGCGCUGGGCGCUGGGCUAGACGCCGCUCGCGUACGACGAGCGAUAGCCAAUAGAUUGCGAUCCGUUGGUACUCCAUUCACAUCAUCGGAGGCCCUAAUCGACGCCGUCUUAGAUGACCAACUGAAUGAAGAGCCGUGGUCUAUGACGCCGCAAAGUCGAUUAGCCCGCGAUAUAUUGUCGGAAACAUUUAGAGAAUUUGCACCGAGAGCCGGAAUCCCUCCACAACAAGUCGCAGCUUUAACGCGACCAUACGGCAGUGACCAAGGCAGCAUGACGCCAGAUGACGACGAAAACGACGAAGACGGUGACGACGAGGAUGACGCCUAUACCAUAGACGUGACAGCCCGUAGGCAAUCACCCACCACAGAGACUGAAAGCCGUACCACAGAUAAUACAGUACAAGCUGAAGUUAAGAGUGAGGAUAAACAGGACACUCCAGAGCCUGAAGGAAAGAAGUUGUCUUUAGAAGAAGAGAAUAGACAGUUGAAGGAAGCUAGGUUAUGUAAAGUGUGUAUGGAUUGUGAGGUGAGCGUGGUAUUCCUGCCGUGCGGUCACCUGGUGUCGUGUGCGCGGUGCGGCGCGGCGCUGGGCGCGUGUCCGCUGUGCCGCGCUAGUGUGCGAGCGCUGGUACGCGCCUACCUCGCCUGACCCGCUACACGCGCUACUGCCAGGUGAGCGUGGUGUUGUCGCCGUGCGUCACCUGGUGU